GCGAAGCUACAUCUCUGGAAGUGACUGAUGAAUUUUGUGUUGUGGUGUGUGUUUAGAAAUGAAAUACUGACCCCGUAAGCAUUGUCACUUCAGUGUCUCUUGUUUGUGCAGCGGGGGUGUGAAAAUAUUCGAUUAUCGUAAUUGCUUGCUACACUCAUUUUUGUAAUGCCAACUUACAAAGUGAAAGUGAAGUGGGGUAAGGAGACAUACACUGAUGUUGAAGUCAACACAGAUGAAGAUCCUCUGGUGUUCAAAGCACAGAUAUUUGCCUUAACAGGCGUUCAGCCUGAGCGACAAAAGGUAAUGGUGAAAGGCACAACAUUAAAAGAUGGUGAUUGGGGAAAUACAAAAUUAAGAGAUGGUGCAACUAUAUUGUUGAUGGGCAGCAAAGAAGAGGAUGUUCCAGUAGAGCCUACAGAAAAGCCAUUGUUUGUAGAGGAUAUGAAUGAAAGUGAACUAGCAUCUGCACUCGACUUGCCUGCGGGUCUGACUAAUCUUGGCAAUACUUGUUAUAUGAAUGCAACAGUGCAGUGCCUCAAGACUGUCCCUGAGCUACGAGAGGCACUGAGGGACUUCAAGGGAGGUGUGACAUUAUCUGGGGAAAUGAUUCCUGCACAGUCAAUUACUGCAGCUCUUAGAGAUUUGUAUGAGUCAAUGGAGAAGGGAGCCACUAUUCCUCCUAUACUAUUGUUGGAAGUGUUACACAUGGCUUUUCCUCGGUUUGCUGAGAAAAGUGAACAUGGGGGCUUUACUCAACAAGAUGCUAAUGAGUGUUGGACAGAAAUGGUGAGAAUGUUGCAGCAGAAGCUACCACCAAAGACAGCUGAAGGCCAAACUUCUACUUUCAAGUCACUGGUAGACCAGUACUUUGGUGGUACCUUUGAUGUUGAAUUGAAGUGUACAGAGUCUGAAGAUGAACCUCCAAGUCACAGCAUAGAAAACUUUCUGCAGCUGAGUUGCUUCAUAUCGCAAGAUGUCCGAUACAUGCAUUCAGGCUUAAGAUCUAAAAUGCAAGAACAGAUUACAAAACUUUCUCCCUCUUUGCAACGAGAUGCAGUCUACACUAAGACAUCUAAAAUCAGCAGGCUUCCAGCAUACCUAACCGUGCAGUUUGUGAGGUUUUAUUAUAAAGAAAGAGAAGCAAUAAAUGCCAAAAUUUUGAAAGACGUUAAGUUUCCUUUGGAUUUUGAUGCGUUUGAGCUGUGCACACCUGAACUUCAACAAAAAUUGACACCCAUGCGCUCCAAAUUUAAGGAAUAUGAAGAUAAGCGAGUGGAAGAAUCACAGGCUGACAAGACGGAUAAAGGAGGCGAUGGGGAGAAAGCGAAAAUGAAGGCUGUGCCAUUUUGGUUUGAAAAUGAUCUUGGUUCCAACAAUUCUGGAUACUACACGCUGCAGGCAGUUUUGACUCAUAGAGGCCGUUCCAGUUCUAGUGGCCACUAUGUCGCAUGGGUGAGACAGAAGGAAGAUACAUGGAUCAAGUGUGAUGACGACACAGUCUCACCAGUUACAUCAGAUGAUGUCCUGAAACUGUCUGGAGGAGGUGAUUGGCACUGUGCAUAUGUUUUGCUGUACGGUCCCCGUAUAUUAGAAGUUCCUGCUGAAGAAUCAGAAACCUCUGCUUCUUCUUCAUCUUCUGUUAACACGCCAUCUGUUCUUCUUUAAUUUGAAACUUGAACGCAAACAUUAGUGAAAAAUGUUUAUAAUCAACAAAGAAAAGAAACUGCAUAACAGUGGAAAUCGCGUCUCUGAACUUCAUUUUUUAUGUGCUUGUUUUGAAAGUGAGUGUGGUACCAAUGAAAUUUCAUAGAAACUAAACAUUGAGAAAGUUUUAAGUGUGCCAUUUCUUAAAUAUAUUGUCAGUUUUCCAUAUUCUUAAUGUUUUCUAAAUUGUUUAUUGACUUGCCUGCAUUUAUCCUUUGGUUGCCCUUCAUUACUAAACUGCUUUGUUGAUGGAGUUACUGCUAGCAUCUCUGCCUGCUGAGGCCUAAGUGUUCAAUUGGGGCUAUCCAGUAUGUUGGGCAUCAAACUUUGUGGCAAACUGGGCACAUUCAUCUGUGUGUAUAAAUUAUUAUUUGGUCUUGUAAGAGCAGUUUCGUUGUCAUGUCUGUGAUUGUAAUGCAAUACAGUGAACUGAAAACUGAAA